AUGUCCGGCGCACUCCCUCACUUCUGGGCCCAGCCCUUCCGCUACAUUCGCUGGUCGGCCCGCGAGAAGCCCGCCUACUUCUACUCGUGUGUGAUCGCGGGUCUCGGUCCGGUCUUUUUGACGGUCGUCCCCCCCCGUGCGCAAGACUUUGGGGAUGUCAACCCGGCGCCGAUUCCUGUUACUUAUCCUAUUCCCACCGGACCUAGGAAGCAGUUGACGGGUUUCGGUGAUGAUACCGAGGAGGCAUAG